AUGUCAUUCACAGCGGGGACCUCCAUCACCUCACCGCACGGUGAAGUGUAUUUAAUCCACGGUUUAAUCAGUCGUGGAGGCUUCAGUUGUGUAUAUACAGCGCAUAUGCACCCGGACAAGAGCAAAUUGUAUGCGAUUAAAGUGAUAGAUAAAAGAAAGAUUCACGGGAAGACGAUCGAACACAUCGAGCGCGAGAUUUCAAUCUCGCAACAAGUUGACAACCCAUACUUACUUGGCAUGAAAGAAGUGAUAGAGACACAAGUCCAAUUCUUGAUGAUCAUGGAAUACGUCGAAGGAGGCGAACUCUUCGAAGUCUUAAAGACGGAAGGAGUCUUGUCGCUGCGUCAGAACAUUAAGAUCUUAACGCAGAUCUGUAGCGGCGUAGAAUACUUACACACGCACUUCAUUUGCCAUCGCGAUAUCAAACCGGAGAAUAUAUUGUGCUCCGCAGCGGAAGAACCGUUCGACGUUAGACUCGCGGACUUCGGACUGGCAGUACGGUUCGACGAAGAAGUCUUAAAUACGUCGUGCGGGACGUUACACUACGCCGCUCCUGAAAUUGUCGGAAUGAAAGAAUCGUAUAACGAGAUGUGUGACAUGUGGAGUAUCGGAGUUCUGGCGUUUGUUUUACUCACCGUGUCGUUUCCGUUCGACGGGAGCGUCGAGGAAGUCAAAGAGAAAAUUAUGAAGGGAGAGAUCGACUGGGAAAGAUUUAAAGGAAAGGAUUUGUGCGACGAGGCGUUGGAUUUUGUCAAAAAAUUGUUGGUCGUAAAAGCAGAGAAAAGACUGAAGGCAAAAGAGUGCUUGGAACACCCAUUCUUGCAUUUACUCGACGUGGAGGACGAUAUAGAUAUCCCUCUCGAUAUCAUUGACGACUUCGAUUUGUAA